AUGCGGUAUUGGGCACUCGCACUUUUCGUCGCUCCUGGUUUCUUCGCCGUCGCCGUCUCGGAAGUGGGAGUCCAUCGAUCCUGGAGCAUGGGAAGGCUAGCUCAGAUACGGCCAGAAGGAGGAAUUGAAGGCAGCAAUGGACAAUACGUCUUUGAGAGCGGGGAGGACAUCAAGCUCCUCUGCACUUUGACCGAAGCUGGUGUAAACAAAGGACUCACGACGUCUGACCUCAGAUUCCAGACACCAUCUGAUGACCUCGUAAAACCUCACUUCGCGUCAAACAAAACAACGGUGAUCUUACUCAUUGCAAAUGCUUCCGUGGAAAAUUCCGGCCGAUACAAUUGCGGGAAUGUUUCCAACCAGAAGAACCCUUACAUACUUCACACUGUGGACUUGGAAAUCGACCCUCCCCCGCUUGGGGUGCCACCUUGGCGCUGCCGGUCGGAGCAGUUGGAGAACCUCUUCUGCUCUUGGGUCGAAAUGGAAGGGGCGGAUUAUUCUUUCUUCGUCCAGGGCAAUGGGAUGGAGAUGAUUGAAUGCGAGAAGCCGAACCCAGAUGCAAGGACGUGCACGGUGAAACCUCCUCUUUAUCAUCCUGGCGAGAGAGAAAUGAAGAUGACGGUGGUUGCCCAAAGUUCGCUCCGCAAUGGAACUUUUUCGUAUCCUUUUCAUCACCAUCGGAACAUUCGGAUCAAGACAUUGGAGAAUUUCGCCGUGGAGGCAGUUGGCGCAGAGACACUGAAAGUCACCUGGGAUCUCCCAGCUCACCUUGUGGAGUACAACUUCUCCAUCGUCCAUAAAAUCAAAUGGGUUCCCCUCCCAUGGAAUGACGUGCUCUUUCUUCAUGGCGUGGAAAUGUUCCUGGUCCCAGGAGCUUCUAAAACAAGGAGCUGGAAUCGUACGUUGAUGAACCUCAUUCCGAAUACCGAAUACGACGUCUUUAUUAAGGCCAUUAUCGAGAAUGCAGAAUUCCCCGAUCUCGGGUCCAGUAUAUCUAAGAUUUUCGUCAAAACCCUGCCGAAAGCGCCUGACAGGAGUCCAGAUGUGCCGCUGGGGAGCUUCCACGUAGAGCGAAUUGAUGAUGGCCUCAGGGAUAUUCAUCUUUACUGGAUUCCUUUGAGCGACUGGGAGCAUUUCUCCGACAAUUUCACUUACCAGAAUGUUCUCCGAACAGAAGGCGGGAAGUACUUUUUGGAAUGGAAGGAACCAGAAGAUGAGCGGGUAAAUAAUUACACCGUGUAUUGGUGCAUUUCUCCCCCGUCAUGGCCCUUCUGUGAUUCGGUCAACUGGACCGUUGCUACGAGGAAAUGCCACAAUUUCGAGCUGGAGUCAAUCGAAACCUUGAAAUUUGCCAUCUCGGCCAACGGCCUAUCCGGGAGCAGUGGAAUGGGCUGGGAGAAGUCUGAGCAAGGAUCAGGUGAAGAGGAAAGGACUCAGGAAGCCGAAUGUUUCUGGCUUCCGGGUGAAACACGGGAGGCGAGGGAUCGAGUCCGGGUGGCGCGGGCACCUCCUUCCUCUUUGUGUACGGUCUUGGCGGCCUAUCUCGUCAGGUACCCGCCCGGAGUACUGAAUCCGGCGUCGUGCGGGGUACGGGCGAGGUCCGUCCUCCAGUCCGCGGACCGGAUGCCGACACUUGUGGUAGUUGUGGCCCUAAAGGAGGCCUUAGGAGCGGGGCGAACCCAACGAAAACUCGAAGACACCUGA